AUGGCCGGGCCAGGGUUUCGGGGCCACCCCACAGGACCCCUCCUGCUGCUGCUGCCGCUGCUGCUGCCGCCCCAGGCUCUGACGGAAGGACCCCUGGUCUUCGUGGCUGUGGUCUUCCGCCAUGGCGACCGGGCCCCGCUGGCCUCUUAUCCCACCGACCCGCACAAGGAGGUUGCAUCCACCCUGUGGCCGCGUGGCCUGGGCCAGCUGACCGGGGAGGGGGUCCGCCAGCAGCUGGAGCUGGGCCGCUUCCUGAGGAGCCGCUAUGAGGCCUUUCUGAGCCCCGAAUAUCAGCGGGAGGAGGUGUACAUUCGCAGCACAGACUUUGACCGGACGCUGGAGAGCGCGCAGGCCAACCUCGCGGGGCUGUUCCCUGAGGCCGCCCCAGGGCGCUCGGAGGCCACCUGGAAGCCCAUCCCUGUGCACACGGUGCCGGUUGCUGAGGACAAGCUGCUAAGGUUCCCCAUGCGCAGCUGUCCCCGAUACCAUGAACUACUGAGGGAGGCCACUGAGGCCACCGAGUACCAGACCGCCCUAGAGGGCUGGACGGACUUCUUGACCCGCCUGGAGAACUUCACCGGGCUAUCGCUGGUUGGGGAGCCGCUACGCAGGGCGUGGAAGGUUCUGGACACUCUGAUUUGCCAGCAAGCCCACGGUCUUCCCCUUCCAUCCUGGGCCUCCCCAGAUGUCCUGCAGACGCUAGCCCGGAUCUCAGCUUUGGAUAUUGGGGCCCAUGUGGGCCCACCCCGGGCAGCAGAGAAGGCCCAGCUGACUGGGGGAGUCCUGCUGGAUGCCAUCCUUGCCAACUUCUCACGAGUCCAGCGCUUGGGGCUGCCACUCAAGAUGGUGAUGUAUUCAGCUCACGACAGCACUCUGCUGGCCCUCCAGGGGGCCCUGGGUCUCUAUGAUGGGCACACACCCCCUUAUGCUGCCUGCCUCGGCUUUGAGUUCCGGAAGCGCCUCGGGGACCCGGAGGACAACGCAGGGAAUGUCACCGUCUCCCUUUUCUACCGAAACGACUCUGCUGGCCUGCCCUUGACCCUCAGCCUCCCCGGGUGCCCAGCCCCCUGCCCACUAGGCCGUUUCCACCAGCUGACAGCCCCUGCCCGGCCCCCGGCCAAGGGGAUCCCCUGCCAUGGCUCCCAGAAGCCUGCCACUCCUGCAGCCACCACAGUGCCCCUGCUGGCUGGGGCUGUGGCCGUGCUGGCAGCACUCAGCGUGGGGCUGGGUCUGCUGGCCUGGAGACCAGGCUGCCUGCGGGCCUGGGGGGGCCCCGUGUGAGCCAGAUCGGGCACCACCCCUUCCCCACAACACACACUGGAUCCCAACACAUC